ACACCGGAAGUUGUAAUAUUUUAUUGUAACCUUAUUGGCUGGAGCAGGCAAAGACAUCCUGUAAUAAGUGGUGCGAAAAUGCGCUCGUUUUUACCUGCAGUGGCCGAACAACUUUUCCGAGACAUACAGAAAACAUACCAGGAGACUUCUCAAAUUCCCAAUGACCUGCUGAUUGCGCUGAAGUUUGUCUUCGGGUCUUGUGCAUUACAGGCUUUGGAUUUGGUUGACCAGCACUCAGUCACGUGUUUGACAUCUCCCAGUGGACGCAAGGCCUUUCAGGUAACAGGAGGCUCGGGACAUUUGUACACUUGCUUCUUGUCCUGCCACUACUGCCCGUGCCCAGCCUUCGCCUACAGUGUGCUACGUAGAAAUGAGGGCCUGGUGUGCAAACAUAUCCUGGCUGUGUACCUGAGUCGGGCCAUGGCUGCGACUCAGCAGGAAAUCGUAUCUGAUCAGCAGAUGUCCCUGCUGCUCAGUGGGACGAUGGACCCGUGACUGCAGGCUCUCACAUCCUGGAUGCCUGAAACAACCAGACACACUGUAAGCAGCCAAGGGUGAAAGGAAGGUCCGUGCAGAUGCUAACACGCACUAACAAAGGGCCACAAAUAGCCAGCGAGGGAGACAAAUUGAGGAAACUGUCGUGUUGUUUCAGGGGGGACACGUUCAUCUAGUGUCUGGCCCCAUCACUCACAUUGUUCUCACAGGUCAUCUGAAGCAAAUACGAGCUUUCACAUUUGCCAGUUCAGGAUGUCAUCAUCAACAGACAGUUACAGAGUAAGUGUCUUAGUACUUAACUGCAGCUCAGCAAUAGUCCAGUGCUUUAAAAAGAGAUCUCUUCAAGGCCAAAAUGGACAGGAGAGAAGCAAAAUCUACAGAGGAGUGAUAUUUUAGAUCGAAACAAUGCAUCCCUGUCUGUAUGGUGAGGGGAUCGUUUGUCUUCGCUUUACUGUGGGGGUGUGGUUUAGGUCUGCUAGUCCCUUCAGAGGGGUAGGGUCACUGCAAAUCAAUAUGAAGUUGUUCUGAGUAAUCACCUUUACCCUGUGAUGCAAGGUUUCUACCCUGAUGGGAGUGGUCUGUUGUAUCCAUAGGGCAUGGGGGGUCACUGCAUAGUCUGAUGUUAGUCAUACGCUGGGGUCUUCAAAGUCAUUAGAUUUUAUGGGAAUUAAAUGCCUGUAGGACAUUUAGGACUACACAUGAGACAGCGCUCUCCUUCACCACCACCAUCCGAGCACCAAAGGAGGGCUUAUCUUUUGGAGGAACUGCAUUCAUCCCUCCUGUAAACGUCCAGAGAAUUGGAGAACUGUUGCCAAAGAGCACUGAGGCUGAUAUUGUGGUACGUGGUGGCAAAAACGGUUACUAACAUGCUUUGUGUUUUUUGUUUCUCACCACUGUUUGCAUGGCCCACUGGCUAUGUAAAGCAAGCCUUUACAAAUUGUGGACUUAAUUAUGUGUCUUCCAUGAUCACCCUGGCCUCUUUAUGGGAUUCAGAGUACUGUGCAAAAAUCCUGAAACACCCCUCAAUUAUUUAUAGUUUGCUUCCAACCAAACUUUUUUCAAGUUUUCCUUUGGACACUGGCAGCUUUUUCAUUCAUUUUCAGUUGAGUCCUGAGGAAUGUUUAUUUAGUUGUUUUUGUUUGUUACGUUGCUCAACAUUGACCUUUUAGAAGAAUAAAAAAGGCACUUACUCCUUACUAAAGGCACUUAGUAAGGAAGCAAAUAUAAAUUGUGCCUUCAGGCACUUUGUCACUAACAACCUGUCGCAAAAAUAAUUUGUUCCAAUUUCUUUUUCAAGUAUUUGGCUUGCAUAAAAUAGUAUUUUUGCACCGACAAGGUGAUUCCCAAAGAGUUAUCAGCUAAAAAGUGAAGCUCUCUCCGUUGUGGGCAGUGGAAAAACACACAGAGGAGCGCCAUCAGUUAUGGAUUGGGCUCCCCAGAGCCCGAACCUCAAUGUUAUUGAAGCAGUGUGAAGUCAUCUUGACAGGGUGGAGCCAACUAAGAGAGUUCAGGCUGUGUUAAAGGAUAAAGCUGAUCAUAUCAAAUAUAGACUUUCAGGCUCGUUGGAAUUGUACAAACUCUGUUUUUGACAUUUAUUCUGUAUUUCCGUGUAGGUUUGCACAGUUUGGUAAAUCCCUGUAACCAUUUCCCCUCCAAAAUGUAAAGAAAUAAAGGUUGACUCAAGACUUCCGCACCACUGUAAAACUGUAAAAAUAAAAGCGGUGCCAUCUGACCACAGGCUGUAAAGAUAGACAUGAUUAGGAAGUGUGCUCAGCGUGCAAUACAUGCGGCUUCCCUUAGGGAGUUUGCUAGUAAAAUUAAAGUCAUGUUAAUGUAACCACACACUUUCUUAAUCAUUAGUUCAGUCUACCUAACAGUGGGUGUUUGGAGCAAAAAAAAGUCCUAAUACUUCUUAGUCAUCUACAACUACUGGUUGGCUAAUGGUCAGCUGAUAUUCCCACAAGCCUCAGAACUCUCUCCUGCACAUGUAGCUGAGCAGACAAUGGUGUGGCCUUUUCUUCACCACUGCUAAAAAGUUUGGUGCUGGAAAGUUAAUUGACAGUUGCCCUAUUUAUUUUGUAGCAUACUAUGUAGUUAUAAAGAACAUCAGAUUUUUUUUUCCUUCUGAACCUACAGCAGCCUCACUAACGCUCGGGCUCCAGUCUGAACAAUAAGUUAUUCAUCAAUGGUGCAGCAGCACUGCCUGCGUCCUGGACUCCCUGCAGAGUGAUGAGCGGGUGCCCCAAGGUCCAUGAAUAAUACAGCAUUCUGGCCAAAGAGCGCUUCAGAGCGUACGAUGACCUGUACUCCUACUCUCACUUCCACCACCACUCUCCCAUGUUCCUCUCCA